AUGCGUUGGACAAUUUUUCUCGUGUUUGUUUUAUAUUUCACAGCCACAGAGGAAGCUAUCGCAGGUAAGCUAGUCGAGUAGAGAUUAUUCACACUUUUCUAUCCGUUUUCAAAGGUUUUGGUGUCGUUCAAGAGAGGGAAAAUCCGUGAAUUCUAUAGCUUUCCGCAAUGCAUUUGAAAUAAGUGCUUCGAUACGCCGCCACGAUUGAAAACAGGAAUCAGGGUAGAUUUCAAUUCCACUUGACGGCAAAAAAUGUUCCUCGUCCCGUACAGCGGGUGGCAAUUAAGCCGCAGUUAUAGCUAACAUAAGCCCAUUAUAGGAUAGAGAAACUUAAGUUUGACGCCUCUAAACGGCUAAAAAAACGAAAUUGCUGUAUUUAUUAAUACUAAGAAAUUCGUAGGGCCAUGAAGCAUUCCUAGAUAGUUGGGUGAAACAUGGCCGGAAAACCGAAGACUGUUUCCCCAUAGCUUAAGGCAGUCUUAACGUAUUUCAGUUUGCUUUUCUGAUUAAUCCACUAUCGCGUCCUCCCACAAGUACCAGUUUUGAUUAAUACCUCUAUUUAGCUCUCCUAAAUCACUUGUAUUCUCACUGAGUUCGUAUCCAAAUGAGAUGAAAUCUGAAGUCGGGAUUUUUUUCAUGUUACAGCACGAGAAUGUGCGGUUAACAAAAUAUUUGUGGGUCUUAAUUCACUCUCUCCUUGCCAAGACUUUAUUGUUAAAUUAUCUGAGUGAUCUUAGAACGAGUAGAGUUAUUUUUCGUUCUCUAACACUAUCUCACUUUGAAAUUUGUGGCAUAUAACUUUUAACGAGGAAAAUAUUAAUGAUUUAUGUCCAUGUAGGCAAGUUAGGAAAGUGAUUGUUCGUUUCGUAUAAACGCAGCUAGUAUUGUAGUCUCGUCUUGCAAACUGAGCAUUGACUCCCUUAACUAUAUUUAAAUAAGUUAAAGUACACUUCUUCUGUUAUAAAUUAUUGAAUCAUUUUCAUUGAAGCCAGUGCGUAAAUGGUGAAAGGAACCCGAUAAGAUAUCUGUGAUACACGUCAGCCAAACCAUUCGAUCAAAGUAACAAACCUGGGCCAAAAUGCAAAAUACAAACCCGAGUUUUAGUCAGUUUUAAAUGGAUCCAAUCAAAUUUAGUCGCAGAUCGAAGUCCCUGGACUUUCUGUCUUGAUCGGACAUCUUUCACACGUGAGUAAAACUGAGUGAACCGUUGAAAUGUUUCACUGCUGACAAUACGAGCGUUUAACCUUCGCGGCAUGCUUUUUGUUUAAGGGCGUUGUGGUGAUAGUUUUCAUUGAUCAUUCUCUUAACAACUUAAACUGGACAGAAAUACAGCUCUUGCAGUAUUAUGGGUUAACAGUCGAAACUGAACAUCUCUGCUUUGAAAUGAUACAAAUGUACUGAAAGACCGCAGGAACAGCGGCACGAAAACAGAUCCGAGUGAAGCUGUAGAUGUACUUGUCGGUUACUUGUCUGAAAAGCUAAUUGACACCAGACUAAAGCUUAAAAUGUGCACUUUUGACUAAUCAAUAAACUUAUUGAGGUUGUUGUGUGUUUCGAAAGAAUAGCGAUGAUUUUUCCCACUAAAUCGCCUGCAUUGAGAGGAAUAGGGUUCCAAAACGUUAUAAGAAGACACAAAGAAAUCGUGUAAAACGAGGGCUUUUGGUCAGCCCUCUAUGUGUAAUUAGCUUAUCGCUUAAUCGCAGGUAUAUGGGCGAAGUUUGGAAUAUUUCAGCUAGCUAACAACAUCUUAGCUCGCAAUAAAACUGCCAGUCCUCACUGAACGAAAUUUACCUAAUACCUCUAGAAACAACUGUUUCAUUUCAAAAUUUCGCUCUAAGAAUGGCCGAAACUGUUGUGCGAUGAUUGCAGCCUUUGCACGGCCGCAGUUAGAAGAAACACAAAAACUUUCUGAGACACGCGUCGUCCUUUAUCAGACAAAGUUUUAAUCAAACGGGUCCUCUAUGAAAUACCCACCAGUUAAAUCACUUUUAAGACGAUUAAAUCAGUUCACCAGGCCCUAGAUGUUGAGCAUUGCUCCCGUAAACAGGCCUCUUGUUCUGUGAUCAAUCGAUCAGCAUUGAGUUGUCGGCUGUCCAGAGUUAUGAAUAGCUUCAGACAGGUCAUUAUUUUUCAUUAGCAGUUAAUUAAUUUACUUUUGACAGUUUCCCCCAGCUCGCUAUUGUUGUAAAGUAAACACUCUGACUCGGAAUUGAAUACCCUCCAAGCUAUGACCAUCCGUUAACAUAAGAAAGUAGGGGAGAGUGGCUCAAUGGCAUUGAGUGCCCGCGACAACUGUUCCCCAAAUUAGCGAGGAGAAAAUAAGAAUUUUUCAAAUCUAUUACGGAAACUGUAAUAUUUAAUUGAGAAAACAUGUGUAGAAAGAUCAGGUUUCUUCGUGGACCACUGAUUUAGAAACACAUCAGCGGUGACUGCCAACAAUGACUGAAAUUUAAGAAUAAAGUACCCGUAGAAACCUUUAUUUUUACGUCUUCUUUCUGUUGCUCUCACUCUUCCACAGUAAUGAUCUCGGCAGGAGCACUUAUCAUUUUGUAAUUUUGCUUCUUUCCCAGAAACUUUCUUUAGCGUAUCGAUUUUGAAAACUUUCAAGCGGUAGUCUCUCAUUACGUUGACAAAACCAUUUUUAAUUGGCGUUGCUUUGAAACAGAAGAGCAGUUAUUCAACAAUUAAGCCCUACACCUGCGACAUUCUUCGCUUGCGGAACUGGUUUUGAGUAAGAUAAGAGGAGUUAAACAUAUGGUCAUCUGUGUGCAAACUGAGAUAGGGUCACAGCAAAAAUGCUAAUUAGUCAGCCUCGAUUCACAUUUUUAGAUGACUGCUACCUGACCAACUCAUCACCGGCUUGUUCGCUCACUGACUCGCGGACUGACUGAAUGACUAACAAGUAGACCAUGCCACUGCCGGUGACUUUUACAUCCCUCCUAAAUCAAAAGAAGUAAGACGAGGCUUUCUAUUUUUUUCAGGUUGCUCAUCGCCUCUUGGCUUGGCGUCAGGCUCAAUACAUGACUCGCAGCUUUCGGCAUCUACAUCCAUGAGCGACUGGUUGCUGCCGUCUGAAGGACGACUUCAUAACAAUUUGUGAGUAUCAUCAGCACAAUAGUAAACUACAUUCUGAUUUGAUGAUGUUUUAUACGAUGUGGAGAGACUAAAGAUACAUUAAAUGGUUCCAAAAGUCUGCACAACUAAUUCAAUACCUAAGAAUUGCAUCUGAUUGGUUGAGGAAGUGGCGCGAGUCUUCUGGAGUCAGUGCAGCACGAAGCAUGUUAGGCAAAACCAAUGGAAUCAUGGAUUACUUCCGGCACUCAAUUGAAAAUUUCUCUGUCGGGUAUCCAAUUCAAGUAUGAAAAGAAAUUACCCAAUGUAAAUAGAGCAAAAGCAAGAGUUGAUUUAGAGAGCCAAAACGAACUUGCAACUAUUUCUGGCGAAGGUGUCAUGUGGCUCGAUAAAACUAACUUUUCUGGCACAAUAAAAGCAGCUGAACAGCAGCUGUCUUUUCAAUACAACAGAUUAAUGCCUUAACAUGAUUUCAUCCUAGAACGUCGAACUCAUUCGGGGCUUGGUGUGCAGAAGACGUGGACUUGGAUCAGUGGUUUCAAAUUGACUUACAGAGGACAACAAACGUGUCAGCUGUAGCUUCUCAGGGAAUUGACAUCAUUAUGGCUGGUUACUGGGUGGCGUCAUACUCUUUGAACUACAGUUGCGAUGGAAUCAAAUGGCAUUCUUAUGCCAUUCAAGGAGUACCUGUUGUAAGUAACAAUAAGUUGCGAGAAACUCAGUAAAUAUGGAGGACUGGGACUAGCACGCUUUACUUCUGAUAGACCUGGGUUCUAGUACUCUCACAGUAUCUUUCCUUGUCGUGGAGUAUAAAUGGGCGUCGGCAUUGUCAGGAAAUCAUAAUGAGAUUUUGGGCAAAAGGUCGGGAGGUGGUGAUCUGCGAUACACCAGCAUCUUAUUCAUUCCAGGAAGAGUAGCAAUAAUCGUGGUCGUUUCACGCAAUAAAUGUUAGAUAACAUUCGGUUAAAUGGGCCGCUUAGCUCGAGUACAGACUCAGUAAUGACUGUGUUCGACUUUUUUUUUUUGCAGAUAUUUCAGGCAAAUAAUGAUUCUGAUAGUGUGGUAACGAACACGCUUUCACCUUCCAUAUUGGCUCGGUUCAUUAGAGUGUUGCCCUUGGAAUGGAAUCAGCUGGAAACCAUUUGUCUGAGACUGGAAUUAUAUGGAUGCGAAACAAGCCAAGGUAACAGGAAAAAAGCGAAGAUCAAUCCAUUGGGGAUUGGAUCAUCUACUUUUUAGAGCAUAAACGGUGAAUGGAAAUUAUUCGUCAAGGAAGGUCCUAGAAAUAAUUCCAACGGCCAAUCAAGUUCAAAGUGAAAAACUCAGUGUUCCAACGAAGACCUUAACAAGCCGGCAUAAAAAUCAUGUAAUUUGGUGUUAACAACUGGGUUGAAAACGUAAAUUAGCCACCGUAAAGGAUAAAAAAGCUGACGUUUCGAGCGUUAGCCCUUCGUCAAAGCGAUUUGCAUCGCUCUGACGAAGGGCUAACGCUCGAAACGUCAGCUUUUUUACCCUUUACGGUGACUAAUUUACGUUUUCAACCCAGUUGUUAACACCAAAUUACCUGCUAUACUCUCCCACCGACGCAGCACCACAGUUUCUUUAGAAACUUACCCCUUUAUAAAAAAACAUGACCAAGCGCAGAAAAAUUUUGUGACCAAAUUUUCUACAAGUCAGCGUUUUUUGUGCAGAAAAAACUGUUCUUUAUAUUAACCGACAAAAACAUGAUACCCUUCUAUUUCAGCCUGCCCACACCCUACCAAGGCUACAAUGUCACCAAGCCAGGCAGCAGCAGACUCUUCUUCAGUAACCAAGGCUCCAUUAACUGGUUUACCUCCGAAAUUUUCAACGCUGAGUUCUAAGACGGGGAACAGGUCACAUAGCACUGACAGCCUAGCCACUGAUACAAACACAAUUCCCAUCGGUAAGUUAAUUGCUUCGGUGAAGUCCUCAGUAAAUGCUUUUGGCGCUGUUACUUUUACUGACAACUUUUCACGGUCAUCUGCUGAACUAACGUGAAAUUAUUUUCUAAAACGUCCGCUAGGUUGAACCAAAUGCAAUCUACACGGACCUGUUUGUAGAAAUGAUAUGUUCUCAACAACACCGUGACGUAUUGAAACAUAAACAUCUGUCCAGUGCUUUCUAAUCUUGGGGUUUAACCAAUCUAUGAGGCUUCACAAAACUAGAGUUAACAGAAAAUUGCUAAAAGAAUCCCACAGUUCAAUUAAAGUGCAAUAAUUCAAAAGUCAAGCUUGCAUUAUAAUUUUCAAAGUGUCUGAUUUAUUUCUCUCACUACGAUUCUCCACAGCAUGUUCUUAUGCCCUUGGAAUGCAGUCUGGUGCGAUUAACGAGUCGCAAAUAAAAGCUUCCUCUUUCGACAGUGUUUGGACCCGACCAUCGGAAGCAAGACUUCAUAAUCAGUGGUUUGUUAAAUAAUUUGUUACUUAAAAAAGUGUCUUUCGAGUUGCCAGUCGAUCAGAAUGUCUAGUUGGCAUCCUUGGUUUGAUAUAUUGAACCGGCUUAUAUAUCAGGACUAAGUACCGGUAAUUGAUUUUUUUUUUUCAAAGUUAGCUCGUGCAUUUAUCUAAAAACUGAUAAAAAUCUUCACCAAUGAAGUUAUUGAAAUGAUAACGUACCUCUGAAUGUAUAAGAUAUUUACAGCGGGAAAUCUCAUUUGCUAGUAACCAAAAGUUUUUUUUAAAGUCUAAAUCCAAAGAAAUUGGAAAAAUACUUAACUACUCGGAGUCAACUCUAAUCAUACUUAUACUGGACCAUAAGGUGGCUGAAGAAAAAGUCUUCUCCCCAUGGAUUGUAAGCUGCAUGCCUGUAGGAUAUCCACGAAACUUUCUGAUCAAGCUGUUCUCACUUUCCUCUUUACUUGCUUCUCUCCAGGAGCCUUAACCAUAGAUCGCUAGGGGGUUGGUGUGCAGCAGACGCGGAUAUGAAUCCUUUCUUACAAGUGGAUCUGUUAAACAACUCUAUUGUCACCGCAAUAGCCACACAAGGUGUCCCAGCAAAUGGAAACAUUGCGUUGAGGUACAAACUUAACUACAGCUGUGACGGGAUAACUUGGUUUGAAUAUCAAGAAGGAACGGUGAGUGCUACUCGUGACAUGUCUCAGUAUAAUCAAGAUCAUCUCUUGUGUCGUCAGUAAAACUGCCUUUGAGCUUACACUGUACCAUUAAGAUCAAUUGAUUGGGCAUGAUUAAUGAUCACAGUUUAGAAUACCUCGUGUAUUGUUUGGAUAUUCAUGUGAAGAAUGAGAGCACGUCCCUUAAGUUGAACAUGUGAAUCCAAAUGCACGGUACCGCAAAAUUUAGCCAUGUCUACAUUCUUCGAGAUAUUCGUAAAAGGGUUUGACGCUAAACAAGCUGCCAUAUCGGGAUCAUCUUAGAGCGGAGUAACGUGUCGAGAUUUCGAGAGCAAUCAGAUAGUAUGUGCAGAUAAGAAAAACCAACACAAUCCUGGAUCCCUUCGACGCUAAAUUGAAAUAUAGUUCUUCAUAGGAUAUUGGUUUUUCCUACUCUUAUCCUGCUUGGCCAGUAACGUUUUCAGUAACAAACUGUUUUGGAUCAUGUACUUUGACCGACACUCACAUGACAUUAUUAUCUCCUCAGAUAUUUGAAGGUUAUCGCAAAAAUUUGCGGGCUCGACAAAACAAGCUACCAGUGCCCUUUAGAGCUCGGCUCGUGCGAAUUCGACCGCUUCUCUCCAGGCAGUACGAAAUACCCUGUGUGAGACUAGAAAUCUAUGGAUGUAGCAUGGCUAAUUCCGGUAAGUGUAGCACUUAUUUUCUAGUUACUGGUCAAUAACAUCGCACAAGGGAGUCAUUUCAAAUGUUACUGUCUUUUCAAAUACACUGUGCAUCACCUAUUAUUUAAGGAAACAGAGGGAAAUUGCUUUUUCUCAAUGAAUUAUGACCCGUCUUUCUUUCUUUUAGAUAAGACAGAAAAUCGACAAAAAGUUAUGAAAAUUAUUCAGCUAAACGAACUCACCAUGAGCUUUGAAGAUAAAUCAAUAAAUUAAAUAAUUGAGCAAUCAAUCAAAUUUUUUCUUCCCAAUUAAUGGAUCAUUAAUCAUUCAAUAAAUCAAUUGAACUGGCAGUGAAGAGUAUUUUUAGAUUCAUUGUCCUAAAAUCUAACCCAAAGUAAUCACAGCGGCCAAUCAGAAAGGAGAAUAUCCCAUGAAGUCGAGAAGUCAAGUUUGUAUCCGAUUGGUCAAAAGUGUAAGCAAAGUUUUGUAGACUAUCCGCUGCGCGUAGUGAAGAAUCGAUGCCAUUCCGAUAUAAGAGCGAAAAGUCUCACUUUUUCGAGUAAGUUUUUUUAAGAGAGAUAAGUAUUCAAGGGACUUAACUCACCAGUUACCGAUGAUUAAUGGUUGAAUUUAUGACUUCUUUUUGACGGAUGUGUCAUGGUUGUUCAUUGUUGUGUUCAUUUUUCAGUUUGUGGAACGAAGAAUCAACUAAACACCACGAUAAAUCCAGAUCAACAUUCCACACAGGAUACCAAGGCCCGAACAACACAUAAGACAACGUCAAGACUGAAUCUAAGGCCUACAAGACCAAAGGACAUGAUUGUAAUUGUGCGAGAUCAUCCAAGUAACGACUCAUUAGGUUAUAACUUUAUGCCCUCUUCAACAGAGCAACGUCACAUUUUCAGUUUAUCACUUCCUCUAACUCUAAGUUUUCUCCUCGUAAUACUGACUGAGUGAUUACUAAUGACAGAUUCCUGAUCAACUUUCUUUCGGAACGGUAGAAACCUUGUGAAAAAGUAUGUUAAUCAAGAACUGGAGGCGGGGGUCUGGAGGUGUGUGGACUGAGUAGCGUCACAAGCCAGAGAAAGUUAACUAGAGUCUGGCGACUGCCAACAUUGUAGAUAUUUCCGGUUAAUAAUUUAAGCCUGCUACGUUAGCGUGGAAAGGAGAUGAAGGGGGGAAAAUUCGCCUAGCCUGCGGAACAGGCGUAAUUUUUUUUGCGUUAAGCAGGCGAACGGAGACAAGCGAUAGGCGAGCGCAAAGUGCGGGUGACGAGCGAGGGAAGGAGUGCGAUUCUUCCUUUAUUAUGCCUUACCUCCGAUCGACAAUUCACUCGAGCGUGAAGCACAAUUCCAACGAUCCAGCUUUACGCUCUCUUCGCAUUUCAUGCGAAAAUAUCACUUUCCCCUCACCCUCCCCUUUGGGCACUAGAUCUGCCGGCUAACUAAGAUAAGAGCUUACGUUUUAGCUUUAUGUAAAUACUAAAAUUGCUCGGUAAAAACAAAUUUAAGUCGAUAUUAUUUAUUGUUGUAAAGCGUACCCUUCUUGCUUUUACUCUCAUUGGUUACAAAUGGGUGAAUAUUAUUCACCGUU